UGCAACAUACCUCCCACGCUUGGCAGCACCGCUCUCGCUCGCACAGCCCACCACGUGCGCGCGCGCGCGGAACGCAGCUUCUAUGGAGUCCAAAACGCUCCGCAGCCACCGCGUGAUCGGUGAGGUCGCCGACGGCACGCCGCAGACCUGCGCCUUCUACGAUUUGGGGGGCGUCGGCUACUGCGCCGCCCGGGUCGGCGGCGACGCGUUUCAAGUCAUGGCGCUCGACGGCCUGACCGUCCAGAGCGCGUCGCCGCGGCUGGGCAGGAACAUAAGGGCCAUCGGCGCCCAGGGCGAGUGGACGUACUGCGCGAUCGACGACGAGGUCUGGUGUUUCCUCCGGGCGCGGUUCGUAGGCCUCGCCGCCGGGGCGCCGGCGGCCGUCGACCGCUUCGAGCUGUGCGCAAAUCAACCGGUGCGUCGGGCGCACCCGGCAAUUCUUCCCUAAGUCAUUUCUCGGCGACGACGCGGCCGUCCUGGCUUGGUCGAUCGGCGAGGAACCGGCAUCGCCACGCCGUCGAGCAGGCGUCGCGUCGAUGGCGUGGAGGACGACGCGACGAUGCAGCGCGAACGCGCCGUAAAAUCUUGAUUUCCACACAGGCUUCGAGACGGUCGGCGGCCUCCUGCUCGGCGCCGGCGCGGGCUUCGUCCAGGGCUGGGCCCGGGGCGACGAGGGCGCCGCGGCGCGGCGCCGCGUGCCGGACAAGGUCCUGUGCUUCGACGUCGACCUGGCGGGCGUCGUCCUGUGCCACCCGCCGACGUACGUGAACAAGGUCCUGCUCGGGGCGCGCGACGGGCGGCUGGAGCUCUGGAACGUGCGCUCGGGGAAGCGCGUGCACGCCUACGCGUCGAUCGCGCGCGGCCCCGGCAUCGCGCACGUCGCGGCGUCGGGCGCGCUGGACGUCGUGGCCGUCGCGCGCGGCACGGGCCGGAUCCAGCUCCUCGACGCGCGGAGGGACGCGGUCCUGUUCGAGCUCGACCACGGCGCCGCCGCCGCGGCGUGCUGCUUCUGCCGCGGCGGCGAGCCGCGGGGCGCGGGCGACGCGCGGCCGCCCGUCCUCGUCGCGGCCGGCGGCGACCAGCUCCGGGUCUGGGACCUGGAGACGCGCGCGCUCCUCCACGUCGAGAAGCGCGUCGGCGGCGUCGCGGCGCUCCACGCCGGCGGCCUCGCCGGGGGGCCGACGGGCGCCGACGCCGUCGUCGUCACGUCCGUCGGGGCGGACGCGAAGCAGUGGGCGCUGGACGCGUCGGACGGCGCGCCGCGGCUCUGCCGGCGGCGCGACGGGCUCGGCGGCGCGCCCGCGGUGGUGCGCUGGUACGGCCCGCCCGAGAGCGGCGGCGCGGUCGCGGGCGCGUCCGGCGACGCGUACGGGUCGCUGCAGCUGCUCGUCGCCGCGCCCCGGGACCGGAGCCUGCGGUGCCUGCACGCCGUGCGCGACCGGCUGAACGGCGAGCUCUCCCAGCGGGGCGCCGCGGACGCGCGCGCGAAGCGGCUCCGGCUCGCGGACCCGAAGGCGCUCCGCCUGCCGCCCGUCACGUGCGUCGCGGCGGGCGACGCGAAGGACGGGAGCUUCCCCAACGUCGUCACGUGCCACCGCGGCGAGCGCGUCGCGCGCGUGUGGUCGCUGGCGGAGCGGCGCCUCGCGGACCACUGCCUCACGCAGCCGCACUGGGGCGGGCGCGGGCGCGACGACCCGGGGCAGGUGGCCCGGCGGGACUCGGCGACGGCGUGCGACCUGAGCGCGUGCGGGAACUUCGCGCUGAUCGGCCACGAGGACGGCUACGUGCGCAAGUACAACGUCCAGUCGGGCGAGGCGCGCGGCACGUACCCCGCGUCGCUCGAGGCCGCGCGGCGCGUCGCGGACCGCGCCGCGUCGGUCGCGGUGCCCGGCGCGGUGGCCCGGGCGGCGCGCGCCAUCGCGCGGGUCACGCGCAAGGGCGAGGAGAUCGCGCUCCGGGACGACGGCGCGGACCCGCGGACGGCCGGGGCCGCCGGCGCGCGCGCCUUCGCGCGGGGCAAGGGGCGGCAGCGGAAGCACCGGGGCGGCGUCGUGGGCGUCCACUGCGACGCCGCGAACGCCUGGUGCGUGUCGUGCGGCGGCGACGCGGUCAAGUGGUGGUCCUUCGCGGACCACCGGGCGCGGGGGGCCCUGCGCGUCGACGCGGCGUGCGCGGUCACGGCCUUCGCGCGCGCGUCCGACCUCCUGGCCGUGGGCCUGGACGGCGGCGCCGUGCUGGUCCUGGACGCGCGGCCGCCCGACGCGGGCGGCGGCCGCGUCCUCCGGCGGCUCGGCACGCACGCCGGCCGGGCGGCGCGCGACCUGUCGUGGUCCGCGACCCGGCAGUCGCUCUACGCGGUCUGCGGGCGGGGCGCGCUCCACCGGUGGGACGUCGCGUCCGGCGCGUGCGUCGACCGCGUGGCGUUCGCCGAGGAGGCCGUCGCCGUCUCGGCGUCGCCGUCCGGCGAGUUCGUCGCGACGGCGCACGUGAGCGGCGCGCACGUCGCGCUCUGGACGGACAAGGCGGCCUACGGCCGCGUCGACGCCGCGCCGCUGGGCGAGGACGCGGCGCCCGCGCCCCUGCGGCCGCUCGCGCCGCGGGACCUGCUGGACGCGCGCGUGGACGUCGCGGCGGCGGCGGCCGACGACGCGGCGGCGAUCACCCUGGACGACGCGGCCCCCGCCGGCGCGGCGGCGGCGCCGCUCGCCGACGGCGUGCUCGCGGACGCGGCGCGGCGCGGCAGCAUCCGGAUGUCCGCGGACCCGGCGUCCUCGCGGGCGCGCAUGGAGACGCUCUACGCCCUGGAAGCCGUCGCGGAGCGCAACCGGCCCGUCGCGCCGCCCAAGAAGCCCGAGGCCGCGCCCUUCUUCCUGCCGUCGGAGAUGGACGCCCAGCGACGGGACGCCGCGCCGCCGCCGGCGCUGCCGCCGCCGCCGCCGGAGGACGACGCCUUCGCCGGCGACGACGGGAGCGACGCCGACGGGAGCGACGCCGACGGGGCCGUCGCGGGCGCCGCCGCCGAGGCGUCGCGCUGCCGCCUGGCGUCGCUCUCGCUCGCGGAAGACGCUACAGACGUCGCUACGCACCUCGGCGCGCUCGGCGCCUCGGCCCUCGACGCCGAGAUCGCGCUCCUGUGCCGCGGCCCCCACGACGCGCCGGGCGUCGAGCUCGUGCGGCGCUUCGCGGGGCACCUCGCCACGACCUGUGUGGAAAUCAAAUUUCGGGCGCCCACGCCAUCGACGCGAUGUUGUCUCCGUAGCUGCGUCUGCUCGAUGGCGUGGAGUUUUCAGGCCAUCGACGCGACCUUGUCGCCGCGACCGCGUCGGUUCGAUGGCGUGGAGGUUCACAAAGGUCCACGCAAUAUUUCUCAGGAUAACCUAACUCACUGGUUGAUUUCCACACAGGCCACGACGCUCGAGACGCACGGCCACUUCGACGCCAUCCAGGCGUAUCUUCAUAGACUGGUCCAGCACCACGCGGCCGUGCUCUCGUUGCCACAACUGCGAGGGCCGUUGGCGACGCUCGCCGCCGCACAGCGCGCCGCGGCGGCGCGGUUCCGGGGGCUCGUGCACGAGAACCUGUGCUUGCUGGAGGUGGCUACGGCGGACUAGGUUGGAUUCAUUAAAUUAGUGCUCAAGCGUACAGUCCGGCUGUGAGAAGACCACAUAGGAUGAGGACUCGGAAGUGACUCGGAAGUACUAGUAGUAGCACUGGCAGCGGAAAGUCCGAGUGCUAGGAAGUACUUACUUA